AUGAAGAGUGUGAAAUUGUCAUUGGAAAUAUUAGCAUUAUUGGUAGAAUAUUACAAUAAUGCCUAUAGUAAUUCUUUUGUAUUCUUAUUGGAUAUCUAUAAUUUGUUAUCAGAAACAAUAGCAGUUUUCCUACAAAUUAAUCAAUUUGAUAGAUUAAGACUUAGAGCGGAAGUAUAUGGAUCAACGUAUGCAAAAAGACAUAUCAGAUCAGCAAAUGUAUUAUCUAAAUUUGUUUUAGAUGAUAAUAUGACUGAUACCUAUUUGGCUUUUGUAAGGUGGUAUUCACAAGCCGACCAUUCUAGGACAAGGUUUCACUGUAAUAUAAAUGAUGAUAAUAAAUCUAGCAAUAUCGAAUUAUGGAAAUCUGAAUUUUAUGAAAUAGGAAGAGAUU